UUUUUGUCAUGUUAUCAUCAAAAAUUAUUGUUCACUGAAAACAUAUUUCAGAAACAGAAGCUAUGAAUUUAUUACCUUGUUUAUUGAUUUUUCUAUUAUACAAACAAGUUGAGUCAGAUGAUUGUGCUAAUUAUAUAUUAAAUUCAAAUGCCGUUUCAUUAAAUAAAAUUAAUGGAAAAUGCAUAGCAGUCCCCAACACAGCAUUCAGUGGGUCAGCAGCAGCUUCCUGUAGCGAUACAGGAAAUGGAGUUCAGUUCGUCAAGUUAUCAAUCGACAGUAAGGAGGAAAAUGACUUUGUCGCAAAUGGCUUGAAGGCCAUUCCUUAUAAGAUGGCUUAUAUAGGUCUUGGUCAUUCAGUUGCGGGAUGGGAAUGGAUGAACGGGGACAGUUCAAUUUAUAGGAAUUGGGCCCAUCCACCAGAUGCUCCAACAGCUGAACCAACUACCGAACCAUCCACACUUCCACCAGCUGAACAGAGAAGAUCAACUGCCGUAGUUAUCGGAAUUGACGCUUCAUUGUUUUCAACGAAUUCGUUGACAUUUGCGCAAGUCGAGUUCGCCAGAUCACUUUCCGCCUAUAUUGGUGCUCGCGGGCCAGCAGAAUUCGCAUUUUUCGCGUAUGGUUGUGCCCAGAUGUCGCCUUAUAUGAACCAGUAUCCAAACUUUGUGAGCACAUUUGUGGAUACUGAUACAAUGAUUCGGAAUCUUAAUGAGACAAUUAAUCAUGACUGUGUUCGCACCAAUCCGCUGGAUUUUCGCUCAAUGUUUCGAGAUCAGACCGUCUACUAUAAUCGAUAUACCACGUCAUACCGGCCAUUCAAAUCACAAUUCUUAUCAAUGAUCUACUUCAGUUCUUCUACAGACUCUGAUAACAUAAAAGCGGCCAGCUCCCUCUACCCAAUGGCAGACUCGUCAGUUAUCACAAUUAACAUUGGUGAUAAGUCCAUUGAUAUUUCGCCUUUAUCGAUUCCAGUUGGCAAGAAUGGGAUUCGAGUGAAAACUGCAGACGAUAUUUUGGGUCUCGUCCCGAAAAUAGAUUCUAUGAUUUUUGGCACGACGGCUGCAGCGGCUGGUGGCGCGAGCAAGGAAUUCAAAGAACCCUCUAUCGACGCAACUACCUACACGGAUUGUGCGUACAUGAACGUGACCGACAAGCUUUGGUACUCGGACGGGGAAUGUACCACGGAACGACAAGUGCUCUGCCAAUAUGUGCUCCCAACACCACCGACACCGAAUCCAACGAUUUCAUGGCAAGAUCCAUGCUUCUACGAAACGACAACUUUUAAAUAUUUCGAGUCAUUACACAAUGCCAAAUGCUAUAGGGUGUCCUCAGAAAAAAAGCAGUUUGUUGAUGCUGAAAAUCUGUGCUUAUCCAAACAUCCAUUAUUCCUGCAUACCCCUAAACUGACAUCAAUUGAGACAAAAAUCGAAGAGGAUCAGGUUAGAACUUUAAUACACACACAACCUCUUGUCAAUGAGGGAAUGUUUUGGUUUGGGUUGAAACGGGACCCCUCAAAUUCUUCAAACUGGUAUUUCAUCAACGGAGACACCUAUGACUCCAGUUAUCAAAACUGGCGAUCCGGAUAUCCACGAGAUGCUGAUGGUUGUGAUUGUGUGGCGCUGGUGAUAAAUGAUAAUUCAUGGGUGAAUACUGACUGCAAUAAGCAGCUGUAUUCGAUAUGUGCUUUUCAGUUCAACUUUACGGAUACAGCUUUUUAACUUGGUUUUGUAUAUGUAUUUUAUUUUUUAUUUUUUAUGAAAAAAUUGCUGAAACAAU